AUGGCGCCUGGUGGUGUGAAAGGGCCCAAGGGCGACCCCGCCUCUGUGGAGUGCAAGGCAAAGCUGAAGGAGUCGUUCAGCAGGUACCGGUCGAUUGUGCGAUACUUUGCUUCCCACGAUGACAUGUACAAUGAAAUGUACUCAGCAGCUGCACAAGCCGAAGUGCCUUGCGUUGCCUACCAGCAUGAAACCCCAACACGUUGGAGCUCCGCCCUGCUGCAGAUUGUUUCUGUCAUCCGCAACAAUGCAGCUCACGCAUUGACUCGUCGUCCCAAUGUUGCCGACAUGCCCCACGAGCUCGACAGGAGUGAGCUGCGGGUUGCUCUCCAGUUCUGUGCUGUUCUGGAGCCUUUUCGCUUGGGAACCAAACUCUUGGAAGGGGAUGACAAAGCGCUAGCUUCUCUUUACCUCCCGGUCUUCCACAAGUGCAUGGAGACCCUAGAGGUCACUGGGUCAGCGCAGCUGCCUUACCCGAGAGAGCUUCGUGAGAUGCAUGGCCAGGGCUGCAAAGCUCGCGAGUUGGAGGUGCUACCAAAGCACUUGCUUCGCUUUUUGCACCAAGACUUGAACAAGGUCAGAGAGAAGCACUUUCAAGGAACUACUGGGGAGGCAUGGCUUCUGGCCGCCAGCUAUGUUGAUCCUCGAUUUCGAGGCCACAGCAUGUGGGAGAAAAUGAGCAAGAAGGAAGUGAAGGAGAUGAUUUGCAAAAUGGUUGUGGAAUCACACGAGAAGUACCCAGAACUUCGGGAAAGAUUGAGGAAAGCAGCAGAAGAUCCUAUGAAUCACAAGCUUGAGACCUUGGGGCGCCCGGAGCCAAAGAAGACAAGAGGCAGAGGUCGUGGUCGUGGAAGGGGAGCAGGGCGGCAAGAGAAACCUAAAUCUACCAGUGAAGCUAUUUUGCGAGACUCUGCCUGCGCAGCCGCAUCGGGUCCUGCAGUGAGGCUGCAGCCCGGUCCUCGCGCGCUCAAAGAGCGCACUAGUGCUGAAGACUGGCUGUUUGGACCACAGCCUGACCGGCGUCCUGCAGCUGAGGUGGCUGUGCUCGAUGACCUGAAGGAA